AUGAACGGCAACGAGGAUGCAAGGGGCGGUUCAGCGGCUUUGAACAAGCGACAGCGACUCCUGAACAUCAUGAGGACUACUAGGGACGUUUACGUGCCCACAUUCACAACGACGAUCUCACAGCUAAAAUCGGAGGCCAGCAGUACGAUCAGAAGCUACUACGAUGGUACCGGUGCUGGCGGUGCAGCCCCAGUGGGUGGUCUCCCGGUUUGGCCCCCAGAUAUGCGAACUUUGAUAUACCCUUCAUACACGCGAAUGGUUGACCAGAACCGUUUUGAAACUCAUAUUCGAGGCCUAGUUUACACCCCUGGCACCAUGAACCGUAAAUCACGGCUGGUUUUGUCUUUGUGUCGACAACUGAUAAGACCUACGUCUCCUGGUGCAAAAGCCAGUGCAGAUGAACAAUUAGGACUGUCUUCGAAUGAUUCACAGUCUACUUUCGAAACCAGCUCCAGUCAUUCAUCUUUGGGGCUCGAUUCCAGUGAAGAAGACACCUUGCGGUCCAGAAUAUCUGGUUUUUUGCAAAAACACAUAAUGGGUGUCUCGAUGUCAAUUGACAUUUCGGACGGUUUGAAUGAGCAUGAGUUCACUAAUAUCGCCACCGACAACUGGGGCAACUACGACAUCAAGAUUCUAACGUCUUUUAAACCUGAAAAAAUCUGUGCGAAGAUCGAGGUUCCCGACGGUAUGUCUGCGGAUUGUCCUGUCAAUUUAGUCCAGGAUCACGGAUUUGCGCUCAUAAGUGAUGUUGACGAUACUAUUAAGCAUACGGGUGUGACUGGCGAUAAGAGGUCACUCUUCACCAACGUGUUUGUGCACGAUUUCAAUUUCUGGGCUGUUCCAGGAAUGUCAAUGUGGUAUAAUACGCUUAGGGAUUCCGAAAAUGUGAAUUUCUUCUACGUUUCCAACUCCCCUUUCCAGUUAUACCCUCUUUUGGACGACUACAUAUCCCAGUACUUUCCGGCAGGUCCGCUCUUUCUUAAACGGUACUCUGGGAAUCUCGUCUCGAGUUUGAUGUCUUCGAGUGCUAAACGGAAACUGGGCUCCAUACUAGGCAUUUUGGCCGAUUUCCCGCACAAGAAGUUUAUCUUGGUCGGAGACUCGGGGGAGAGAGAUUUGGAAGCGUACACGGAAGCUGUUAAGCAAUAUCCUUCACAGAUUGCGGCAAUCUAUAUCAGGUGUUGCAAGGACUCGAUGAGUGAUUUGACGGUCAAUACGCCAAAAGUUGCUGAAGAACUGAAUUCGAUGAUUGAGAAGAAAUACUACAAACAAGUGGGCGUGCCAAGAGGCCACGACGACGACAAAGCCUCCCAUACCAUUUUUGCGUCCAACAGUGAGGAAAAACGCAAGCCAAGUAAACCGCAACAAAAGCCAAAUUUGACAAACGAUCAGCAACACGAAAUAGACAUCUCCAGGGCCACAGCGCCGGCUCUUCCGCCUAGGAAACAUGCUACUUUCUCCACGGGGGGCAAGGAUCCGCUAACGUUCGACCGCAGCUACACGGACGAUGCCAUCUACUGCACGCCGUCUUCGCAAAACGACUAUGGGGCGUAUUCCACCUUUUUCGACUCUAGAGCCGAUUCCUGGCGUCAAAGGGUAAUGCAUACGAUUUUGGAGCUCAAGAAUUGUGGAGUAAACAUCCGGUUCCAAUUCUUCACGCAGCCAGAACUAUGUUUGGAAGACAGCAUUGAAAUGAUCAGGAAACAGAAAAGUGCAAGUGAACACGAUGCGGAUGUUACGUUACGCUGA